UCGCCUGGCUUCUUGGCAGUCUUCUUAGCAGCAUGUCCACAUCGAUGCAUUCCACCCACGUGGUGGAUGUCCUCAUACAGUUGCUCGUCUUCAAAUCUCUGGCGAAACAGGUCCACGCUUGGAGGGCGUUCAUCAGUCGCAGGAUUGCUUUCGUCUUCAGUGAUUUCCGUCUCGCUAGUAACUGCAGAACCGCCACCACUUCCAAUGUCAAUAGCGGUCGCUAAAAGUAAAAAUAAUUUUAAAGAAGUUCAAGACGUUCAAAAAACACAAAAAUUGUCACCCUCAUUCGGCAAUCCCCCAGGCGGGAUGUUCUCAUAG